AAAUUAAGGAUGAUAGUGAAUUGAAAGUGGUGGAAACUAGUAUCGAUUUCAUUGAAAAUGUAAUUAAGAGUGAAAUGACGACGACAAUUAGAGGAAGGAAGGGAAAGUAAAACUAGGACGACGACAUAAGAAAGAAGGAGAGCAAAAUAUCGCGAAAAAUUAACUUCUCAGAAGUGUUGGUUCCGGCGAGAAGAAGUGAAUCUCUUUCUCUCUCGGUGGAAGCUGACGAAGAACAACAUCAUAUAUCAUUCACCAAGUAAGUAAUGUAAAGUAAAGUAGCAGCUCUAUUUAUUUUCUUUCCUAUGAUUGAGAUGAAAAAUUCGAUUGUUGUUGUGUGAGACAGUGGUACGAGAAAAAGAUAUCUGCUGGGAAUACGCAGAGAAACUAGAUGGUAACAAGGUUAAAUGCAAGUUUUGCUCUAGAGUUCUUAAUGGCGGCAUUAGUAGAUUGAAGCAUCAUCUCUCUCGCCUUCCCAGUAAAGGGGUUAAUCCAUGUGCCAAGGUUAGGGACGAUGUUACUGAUAGAGUUCGUUCCAUUUUAUCUGCCAAGGAUGAUCCCCCCAUUACCAACAAGUACAAGCCUCCACCACCUUUAUCUCCUCCGUUUGAUGCUCCUGCGUCCAAACUAGUCUUUCCUAGUUCUCCUCCUAAUGCGCAGGACAUUGCAGAGAGGAGUAUUUCUCUCUUCUUCUUUGAGAACAAGAUUGACUUCGCUGUUGCCCGCUCACCCUCUUAUCACCAUAUGCUCGACGCCGUUGCCAAGUGUGGUCCUGGAUUUGUUGCUCCUUCUCCCAAGACUGAAUGGCUGGACAGGGUUAAGUCAGAUAUUAGCUUACAACUGAAAGACACUGAAAAGGAGUGGGUCACCACCGGCUGUACUAUCAUCGCUGAGGCAUGGACCGACAACAAAUCACGAGCACUGAUUAACUUCUCCGUCUCUUCACCUUCCAGAAUCUUUUUUCACAAGUCUGUCGACGCCUCCUCAUAUUUCAAGAACUCAAAAUGCCUUGCUGAUCUCUUUGAUUCUGUCAUCCAAGAUAUUGGUCAGGAGCAUAUUGUGCAAAUCAUUAUGGACAACAGCUUCUGCUACACUGGUAUCUCAAACCAUCUCUUGCAAAACUAUGCAACCAUUUUCGUCUCCCCCUGUGCAUCUCAGUGUUUGAACAUCAUCUUAGAAGAAUUCUCCAAGGUUGAUUGGGUCAAUCAAUGUAUAUCGCAAGCGCAGGUCAUAUCUAAGUUUGUCUACAACAAUAGCCCCGUGCUAGAUUUAUUGAGAAAGUUAACAGGCGGGCAAGAUAUUAUCCGAAGCGGUGUCACAAGGUCUGUCUCCAAUUUUCUAUCAUUACAGUCAAUGAUGAAACAAAAGGCAAGGCUAAAACACAUGUUCAAUUGCCCAGAGUAUACCACAAAUACUAACAAACCACAGAGCAUUUCAUGCGUGAAUAUCCUAGAGGAUAAUGAUUUCUGGAGAGCUGUGGAAGAAAGUGUGGCUAUUUCCGAGCCUAUCCUGAAAGUGUUGAGGGAAGUUUCUACUGGAAAGCCCGCUGUAGGUUCUAUAUACGAGUUAAUGUCCAAGGCCAAGGAGUCAAUACGGACAUACUACAUCAUGGAUGAGAAUAAGCAUAAGGUCUUUUCUGACAUAGUUGAUACUAACUGGUGUGAGCAUUUGCAUUCACCUCUUCAUGCAGCAGCAGCAUUCUUGAACCCCAGUAUUCAGUAUAACCCAGAGAUAAAGUUCCUCACUUCCUUGAAAGAAGAUUUUUUCAAAGUGUUGGAGAAACUUCUUCCUACUAGCGAUCUACGGCGUGAUAUUACAAAUCAGAUAUUCACUUUCACUAGGGCAAAGGGAAUGUUCGGCUGUAACCUGGCCAUGGAGGCGAGGGAUUCAGUUUCACCAGGUCUCUGGUGGGAGCAGUUUGGUGACUCAGCACCUGUUUUGCAGCGGGUGGCCAUCAGAAUACUAAGCCAAGUUUGCAGCGGUUACAACUUGGAACGCCAAUGGAGCACAUUCCAGCAGAUGCACUGGGAAAGGCGAAACAAGAUUGACAGAGAAAUAUUGAACAAGUUGGCGUACGUGAAUCAGAAUCUAAAGUUAGGGAGGAUGAUAACCUUGGAGACAGACCCAAUUGCCCUGGAGGACAUUGACAUGAUGUCGGAGUGGGUGGAAGAGGCAGAGAAUCCCAGUCCUGCCCAGUGGCUUGACCGUUUUGGGACCGCCCUUGAUGGAGGCGACUUGAACACCAGGCAGUUUGGCGGUGCUAUUUUCAGUGCCAACGACCAUAACAUCUUCGGCUUGUGAAGUCCUGGUAAGAGGUUUUCAUAAGUUGGUCCAGCGUGUUGAGUGUUUAACCACACACCUCGGUUCGCUAUACUGUACAUAAUGUUUGAGUAAUUAUCAAUGUAGAAAAUAAAUAUUUUGUGUUCCUCACACAGUCACACGUCGAUGAGCUUGGUGGUACAAAGCAUGUUUCGUUCAUAUUUGGGAUUCAUAAAACGGUGAGCUUAAGAUUGUUUUUGUUUGUAUUGAAGCCGUAAUUAUCAGAACCCAUAUGAUAGUAGCGGUUAUUGGGCCGCUAGUGAGGCCCAAAUUAAAGUAAAAAGGAAAAAUC